AGUACGACUAUCCACAUCAUACGGGUAGCAUCCUCAAGAAAACCUAAAAAAACACCAUGAUUUAAAUUAUUUAAUUUCUUGCAAGUAUCAACAAUGAAUAUAAAAGUUAUUAUACUUUUCUUAUUGUGUUUCAAUGGUGUGUUUGGGACGAAAACGCAAAAUAAUACUAUUACGGACAUAAGGAAGUCUUUGGAAGAGCAUCAGAUGCGUUUGUUACUCAACAGGAGCAAACUUAAAAACGUUCCCUUGAAAAUUGCGAAUGUUACUAAAGUGAAAGUGAAUCCGAUUAUUUUGAAAAAGUCGUCGAAAAAAUUUCGGAUGAUUAGUAGGGAACAAAUACAAGAGUGGGCACAAGAAAUUCAAGAGCGUCUUUACGAAAUUGAGAGGAAAGUUGUUCGUCGCGAUGUAUUGUCUAAAAACUUCGCGGAUAUAAAAGUGGAAGCAAGAAACGGAAGUGCUAUUUUACAGAAAGCUGCGAAGGCUUUAGUUGAUUUACUAGAGAGACGAGGUAAAGCAGCAGAAGCUAUUAUGAGGAAAGCUGAAGAGCUUGCGACGAAUGUUUUGGAGACUAAGAUUGCCGCACCAACGGAUUACACAUUUGAUGAUAGCAUUGAUUUAGACGUGUUGAAGAAGGUGGUUCCAACGGAGAGUGAGUGGGAGAUGUCGUCUGGAUGCAGGAGUAUCAACAAGGUGAAGCUCCAGAAGAGCUCACAUUUCAAUGCCGAAGUUUCUUUGGAGACGACCAGUGUGCACGUCGUCGCCGAAGUGUUCGCUUGUGAACCAGGGAUAAAGAGGCACCUGUAUUGGUCUGAAGGACUUCUGUCAGUGUUCAAAGAGAACUAUGCCCAAGAUUCAACUAUUGACUUUCAGUAUAUGUGCAGCGCUAAAGGAUUCUUGAGACAUUAUCCCGCUGCUUCAUGGAAGAGUCUGUACAACAUUAAGGUGGAGGUGGAAGACGUGUUCGACUGUCGGCUGCGACCCUGGUACGUGAGUGCAAGCGGCGCGCCGCGUGACGUCUUGAUACUACUGGACGCUUCCGGUUCCAUGUCCAACUCUUCAAAUCAGGUUACAGCGGAGCAAUUCACUCAAACUUUACUGAAUGCGCUCACGGAUGACGAUCAAACAAAUGUACUGAGGUUCAACGUAGUUGUGGAAUCACCGAUUAGCUGUUUUAACGAUAGACUAGUGCCGGCAAAUCACGUGAACUCGGCAGCAAUGAUGGCCGCAUUGAAAGAGCAGAAGCUGAUUAACCAAUCAUUGAUAGGGGAGGUGCUUUCAUACUCUGUCCACCUGCUGAGGAAGCAGUACAGCGCCCCAGACCGACCAACCUCAUGCCAACAAGCUAUCGUUCUCGUCACUGACAGCCUUUAUCUGAACUUCAGCAGUCUAAUGCGGCAACUUGAUCCUGAAGGAAACAUCAGAUUAUUUGUAAUGUGGCUGCAUGACCGGAACGGUUUGCGAGACAAUACCAAGCAGUACGGGGAGUCGCUGAGCUGCGAACGGGACGGAUACUUUGCCGAGUUCAUCACCGACUCUGAUGUCACUGAGCAGGUGAUGAGGAUCCUACGGGUGAUGGAGCGGCCACUGGUCGCACAGAGGAAGAAGCGGCUCAGGAUUUACAGUGAUGUGUACGCCCACAUUGAGGACCCUCGCCGCGGAGAGUACCACUGGAGAGAAAUGGAAAAUGCUGAACAAGCAUACCGCUACAGGGAGCUGAGGCGGAAUAAACAGAGGCUUCUCAGCAAUCUUAAUAAAGACUUUAUGCAUAUGUAUUACUUGGAAAAUUACGGGCAGUAUUACGAAGAGGAGGAUAUGAACUACAGACUUCAAGUGACAGUCGCUGUCCCUGUCUUUGAAAGCACCACACUUGAGAAUAUUACAAUAAAAUUGGAUGAGGAAAACCAAAGGAAUUCUACAAGAACGUAUCCCGUUAACCGACUUCUGGGCGUGGCAGGAGUCGACAUACCGUUAGAUCAUUUGAAACUUAUUUUACCAUAUUAUCUGAUGGGGGCCAGUGGAUCACUAUUUCUAGUGGAUCAUCGGGGCAAUAUUGUGCUUCAUGAUAACACAAAACCCAUGUUCAAUGGUGACAUACUGCGGCCCGGAUACAGAACCGUGGACUUCCUGGAUGUGGAGCAGCCUGGAGUCGAUCAUUACGCCAGACAUUACCCGCAGGAAUGGCUUGAUUUCCGAAAUUCUGUAGUUAUUAAUAAAACGUCGGGAAGCAAAGCAAUGUACGCGAAAACAAUUUUUGAUGGUGGCUUGCGGUGUAUCAUAGAGGUGAGGGACUACUUCUGGCAGAGGAUACACAACCACUACACCCUGGUGGUCUCGCUGCCCAAGUAUAACAUCCUGCACGCUGUCCCAGACGGAGAGUUCACACAGAAGCUGGGAGAAGAAGCGCUGUCAGCUCUCUCUUCUGGAACAGACUUUGCUGUACAUCCUGACUGGUUAUACUGCCGCCACGUGGAGCCGCACUUUGACAACCGCGAGCUAGAGGUUCUCCACUUCCUGCGCCGGCGCCGAGAUGAGCCCAACUUUCCAAUGUACAAGCUCAAACAUUUAUUUUCACCAAUACCACCAACGUUACUAGAGAAGACAUACCAGUGCAAUGAAGAGCUUAUGGUACGGCUGAGUAUGGAAGCCAUAGCGACGAAGAAGUGGGCCUUAGAACAUGAGGACCCGGAUACGGACAGGGAGUGCUCCGCUUGUCCUCUUGGAUCUAACACAGCGUUUUUUGCAAGCGAGAGCGGUCUAACGCGAUGGCAGUUAUAUCACGCGACGAGCUCUCGAGAGGAACCGCCGGAGGGGUCCGUGUGGGCCCGAGGGCCUGACGAGUCAUGGUACCGGCGUGCUUCAGCCCAGCCUGACACCUUGGUCAUACACGCGCCCAUACCACCCAUCAGACUCCUGAGGAACACCGCCGUAUUACCACCUCCCGUACUCGCUUCGAAUGGCUGACAGCAGCUCGGACCCUGGGCCACCCUAACAAGCAAGGCAUCGUUGGUGUCGCAGGCUAUCAUUUCUACCCAAAACACUUUGACGACCUGCUCGAAUCUAUCACAAACUUUCCUUGCCCCUCCGAAGAUGAAUCUCAAUGCGAACCGCGCUGCGACGGCGAAGACUGGACCUGCGUGGUCAUAGACGAGCACGGCUGGAUCGUCGCCGACCAGGAUGACGACUACGAUAUGAACAAGCACCUGGCGACCCGACACCCUGCC